CAAUCACCUACGAAGGAGCACUGCUAUGAGAGGAGUCUCGAGUGUCCCAUCAAGGCCAGAAGGGAACGAGAGGGCCGCAGUUGAUUGAACUCUGUGAAAGCUUUGUUUGAUUAGUAUGUAAAUGGAAAAAAGUCAGUUGAUUAUGUCACCCUCUAGACUCGAUGGAAAUAUGUGUUUGAGAUCACCUCGGUGUAGAAUACUGUAGUUCAGACCUUAGUCUUGGCAAGAUUGUCUGAGUGUCUCUUUUCAUCUGUGUCUUACUUGUUUUGUAGGCAAUGAAAGUGGUGUCUAAGAAGAAGCUGAUGAAACAGUAUGGUUUUCCCCGCCGCCCUCCUCCCCGAGGUCCUAAAGCAGCCCAAGGGGAGCAGCCCAAGGUGCUUGGUCCUCUGGAGAGAGUUUACCAGGAGAUAGCUAUCCUGAAGAAACUGGACCACCUCAACAUAGUUAAACUGGUUGAGGUGCUGGAUGAUCCAGCGGAGGACAACCUUCACAUGGUGUUUGAGCUGAUGCCGAAGGGCCCUGUGAUGGAGGUCCCCAGCGACAAUCCGUUCAGUGAGGACCAGGCCCGCCACUACUUCAGAGACAUUGUUCUGGGCAUCGAGUACUUGCACUAUCAGAAGAUCGUUCACAGAGAUAUCAAACCAUCAAAUUUAUUACUUGGAGAUGACGGCCAUGUCAAGAUCGCAGAUUUUGGGGUCAGUAACCAGUUUGAGGGUAAUGAUGCCUUGCUCUCCAGCACUGCUGGUACUCCUGCCUUCAUGGCCCCAGAGACGCUGUCAGACAACCGCAAGAGCUUUAGUGGAAAGGCUCUGGAUGUGUGGGCUAUGGGAGUGACCCUCUACUGCUUUGUGUAUGGAAAGUGCCCAUUUAUUGAUGAGUACAUACUGGCACUUCACAGUAAGAUCAAGAGUAAGCCGGUGGAGUUCCCCGAGAUGCCAGCUAUCAGUGAGGGGCUGAAGAACCUGGUCUCAGAAAUGCUGGACAAAAACCCAGACACCAGGAUCACCAUUCCUGAGAUCAAAGUGGACCCCUGGGUGACUCAGAAUGGCACUGACCCUUUGCCUUUAGAAGAGGAGCACUGUACCGUGGUGGAGGUCACUGAAGAAGAGGUGCAGAACUCAGUGAAGUUUGUCCCAAGUCUGUCUGCUGUGAUUUUGGUCAAAGCCAUGUUAAGGAAGCGUUCCUUUGGGAAUCCAUUUGAGUGUCCCAGCAGGAGAGAAGAGAGAUCCAUGUCUGCACCAGGCAGUCUGCUCAUGGAUUCUUGGCCGUUCCGGCCCUCUUUUAAACUCCAGCCCUCGUUAAGAAAGGGGAGCAGUGGAGAGGCUGGUAGAGAAGUUGAGCUCGAGGACUUGCAUGAGGAUGAACCACCCACCUCAUGAACGUCUUCAUAGAUCCUGAAGCAUUCUUCAUUGUCCUUCCAGCCCUUUGAGCAGAUGAUGAUCAUGACCCAAACCGCUCCACUACACUGUUUCCACAGACUUGAGGCUUACCUUGACAUUCAACUGGAUUCUGCUAUUGCUAGUCAUCCUUCAGGCUGUUCACUUUUAUCAGUUCUUGCACAAGAAUCACUUUUCCUGCCUAUGGUUCUCAUGAAACCUGGCCUUGAUAAUGUGGCGGAAAACUAUUCUUACUCCUUCAUCCCAUUUGGAUCUUUCCACCUUUGUCCUCUCAUCCUGGCUUAUCAAGUAGAUUUUGGAUGGAAUCUAUAUUAGGCCAGGUUUGUGUGAAAGACAGACUAUACCACAAGCUUUAAAACUACAGCACAGACAAAAGAUGCUAUUAACUUGGUAUGGCACCUCAUGAAGCUUAAAAACAGUGAUGCCAUUGAUGCAGUGUGCUGCCAUCAUAACAUCUGUACAUGUGUAGAAAAUAAUAGCAAUGGCAUCUUGCCUUUUUUUCAUAUGGUAAUGUGCAAUUCUUAACUCUAUUCAUCAUAGCAUGCAGAAAUAUGGCCUUUUGCAUAGUGGUUCCAUAUCUCGGUUGUUUUUAGUUUUUGUAUACCAUCAGAUUUUUUUCAGUUCAUUCAGAUACAAUAUAUAAACACACAUAGAGUGUUGUACUGUUAAUCAAAGGGGCUUAUGUAACUACUAGACACUAAAAGUGGCUCUUGUCUGCACAUUCAGUCAAUUCUUGAAAACAGGGCUUUCUCAUGAAACAUACAGCGUGUUUGAGCGCUCGGUAUAAUCAUUAUCUAGAAUAGGGCUUAUUUUCCAUGUUUGUGAAUGUCGCAAAUACAGCAUUCGGAUUGCAGCAGA